GUAAGUGGAGCCGGCCCGAGAGAGUUCUUCGCCUGGACCGCCCUUCCUUCCCUGCUCAGCCCUCCCGCCCCCACGGCCUUGACCUUGGAGCCGCGUCCAGUCCUGGGGCUGAUGAAGUGAGCCGGCGGGUGGGCGUCCCGGGAGCGCUCCUUUAGCCGCGGUGGCCGCCCCGAGCCCGAGCCCGAGCACGAGCCCCCCCGAAGCCGGAGCCCCGGAGCCUCCCCGCCGCCUCCCUCGGGUCCCGCCAUGCCGUCCGUGCAGCUGCCGCCCAAGGAGGGUAACCUCUUCAAACGGAUCCUGAAAUGUUAUGAACAGAAGCAGUACAAAAAUGGUCUCAAAUUCUGCAAGAUGAUUCUGUCAAAUCCAAAGUUUGCUGAACAUGGAGAGACCUUGGCUAUGAAAGGGUUGACACUGAACUGUUUAGGAAAGAAAGAAGAAGCGUAUGAAUUUGUUCGUAAAGGACUUCGGAAUGAUGUCAAGAGUCACGUCUGUUGGCAUGUAUAUGGGCUUUUGCAGCGUUCUGAUAAGAAAUAUGAUGAAGCUAUAAAGUGUUAUCGAAAUGCCCUCAAAUUAGAUAAAGACAAUCUGCAAAUCCUGAGGGACCUCUCUUUGUUACAGAUCCAAAUGAGAGACCUUGAAGGCUAUCGUGAGACAAGGUAUGAACUUCUUCAGCUGCGCCCAACACAACGUGCAUCGUGGAUUGGAUAUGCUAUAGCAUAUCAUUUGCUGAAAGAUUAUGAUAUGGCACUAAAACUAUUGGAAGAGUUUAGAAAGACUCAGCAAAUUCCACGUAAUAAAAUAGACUAUGAGUAUAGUGAACUGAUACUCUACCAGAACCAAGUGAUGAGAGAGGCAGAUCUAUUUCAAGAAUCUUUAGAACAUAUAGAAACACAUGAAAAUCAAAUCUGUGAUAAACUUGUAGUAGAAGAAAUUAAGGGAGAAAUGCUGUUGAAAUUGGGAAGAUUGAAAGAAGCUGGUGAAAUAUUCAAAGAUUUGAUUGAUCAGAAUGCUGAAAACUGGAAUUACUAUGAAGGCUUAGAGAAAGCUCUGCAACCUCGCACCUUAGAAGAGAGGCUUCAUAUUUAUGAAGAAAUAAGUAAGCAGCACCCUAGAGCACUUUCACCCAGAAGAUUACCUUUAAACUUUGUCUCAGGUGAAAAAUUUAGAGAACUAAUGGAUAAGUUCCUGAGGGUUAACUUCAGUAAAGGCUGCCCACCCUUGUUUACCACUUUGAAAUCUUUAUAUUACAAUACAGAAAAGGUUGCUAUGAUACAGGAACUUGUUACUAGUUAUGAAGCUUCUCUAAAAACUUGUGAAUUAUUUAGUCCUUAUGAGAAUGGAGAGAAGGAACCCCCAACAACACUACUCUGGGUUAGAUAUUUCCUGGCACAACACUUUGACAAACUUGGCCAAUGCUCAUUGGCUUUAGAUUACAUUAAUGCUGCAAUUGCAAGCACUCCAACUUUAAUAGAACUAUUUUAUAUAAAGGCAAAAAUUUAUAAGCAUAUAGGUAAUUUAAAGGAAGCCGCUAAGUGGAUGGAUGAAGCACAGUCUUUGGACACAGCUGAUAGAUUCAUAAACUCGAAAUGCGCAAAAUAUAUGCUACGAGCAAAUAUGGUGAAAGAGGCAGAGGAUAUGUGUUCCAGAUUCACAAGGGAAGGGACACCAGCCAUGGAAAAUCUAAAUGAAAUGCAGUGUAUGUGGUAUCAGACAGAAUGUGCUUCAGCUUAUCAGAGACUGGGGAAAUAUGGUGAAGCCUUGAAAAAGUGCCAUGAAGUAGAAAGGCAUUUUUUUGAGAUAACAGACGAUCAGUUUGACUUCCAUACAUACUGCAUGAGAAAGAUGACUCUUCGUGCCUAUGUUGACCUAUUGCGAUUAGAAGAUGUACUCAGAAAACACACCUUCUAUUUCAAGGCUGCCCGAUCUGCAGUCGAAAUAUACUUGAAAUUGCAUGAUAAUCCAUUAACCAAUGAAAGCAAAGAACAAGAAGUGAAUUCAGAAAACCUUUCAGCCAAAGAAUUAAAGAAAUUGCUCAGCAAGCAGAGAAGAGCCCAGAAAAAAGCUAAAUUGGAAGAAGAGAGGAAGCAUGCCGGAAGAGAACGGCAACAGAAAAAUCAGAAGAAAAAGCGAGAUGAGGAAGAAGAAGAAGCCAGUGGCCUCAAGGAAGAAUUAGUGCCAGAAAAACUUGAAAGGGUAGAAAAUCCAUUAGAGGAAGCUAUCAAGUUCCUUAUGCCACUUAAGACUCUUGUUGCUGAUAACAUAGACACUCAUCUUUUAGCGUUUGAAAUAUACUUUAGAAAAGGAAAAUUUUUGUUAAUGUUGCAGUCGGUCAAAAGAGCUUUUGCUAUUAACUGUAAUAACCCUUGGCUACAUGAGUGUUUAAUUAAAUUCUCUAGAUCUGUAUCUAAUCAUAGUAAUCUCCCAGAAAUAGUGAAUAAAGUCCUAACCCAAGAAAUGCAGAAAAUCUUUGUUAACAAGGAUUUGGAAAGUUUUAAUGAAGAAUUUCUCAAACAUAAUGCUACCUCUAUUCAGCAUCUACUUUCAGGUGCUAAAAUGAUGUAUUUCCUAGAUGAAUCAAGACAAGAGAAAGCAAUUGCUAUUGCCACUAGAUUGGAUGAAAGUGUAAAAGAUAAAAAUGUGAAGACUUUAACAAAAGUCUUUGAGGCGUUGGUUGAUGGCAGCUUUGGGAUCUGUAAUACCCAGUAUGAAGAAUACCGGAUGGCAUGCCAUAAACUGUUUCCCUUUUCACCUGCCUUUCUGCCUCCUACAAAUGAGGAUGAUGUUAGUACUGCAUCAGUAAACCAUACAACUAUUAACCAUGAUGUGAUGGCGAAUGAAAUUUGACUUAUAGUCUCAUGGCUGGAUUCAGAUCAGGGUUACUUUUCCAGGGUGCAUUUUUUUUGGGGGGGGGUGAGGCAGUUGGGGUUAAGUGACUUGCCUAGAGUCACACAGCUAGUAAGCGUUAAGUGUCUGAGGCCGGAUUUGAACUCAGGUCCUCCUGAAUCCAGGGCCGGUACUCUAUCCACUGUGCCACCUAGCUGCCCCAGCCAGGGUGCAUUUUAAUAUCUCAUAGGCAUAAAGUGAAAUAUUUGGGUAGUAUAAUUUAAAAAUGGCUUUUGUUCUUGUUGUUCUCUUGACCCCCAAAUGCCAGUGUUUAUGUAAACCUUAUCUGUAAUCACCAUUUGACAUGUUUAUACUUGUAUAGUUUGUCCUAUCAACUGAACUCCCAAAUUAUGAACAUUACAGGAACAUAGAGGGACUCUGCUUUCACCUGUGUGUUACAAAAAUAUAAUAAUUUCUUACUGAUUAAACUUAGACACUGGACAAUUUUAGCUAAUUACAUUGGAUAUAAUACCAGUGUUCCCACUACAUUUUAUUUCAGGUCUUUAAUUUGAAUCCUCCUUGGUGGGGUUUUAAAGCUUUUCAUUAUGAAUGUUCUUAGGCUGUUUUAAAGAUUUUUUUUAAAAAUAUGGGCCCUAAUGUGGGAGGUAUAGAGGUGUUUUUUAAGAAUUGUAAGUUGGGAUUGUUUAUGUUUUUCAUGAUUUAAACCAACAUUAUCAGUGAGAUGUAUUGCUCAAAUACCAAUGCCCUUCUUUUAUUUUCAGAAAUGCUAAUCUAACAGUUUAAGCAAGAUACUCCAAUUUUGUGAUUUAGUGAUUAAGCAUGUGGAGAUUAGUUCCUCUCCAAAUCAUAGAAAUUCACUGGGCAGUUUACAUAUUUCCAGAAAAGUCAUGGCCAAGAAAUAUAAUGCUUUCUUCACUAAAUUGCUUUCAGUAACUAUUAAAACAAUUUAUUUUAAAAGAGUGUUUUUUUGUAUUUGUUCUUCAAGGGAGGGCAAUAGGCUGACUUUAAAAUUAUAAUGAAAAACUUUCUUACUCUUCAUGUGUGGUGCAUUAACUGGUAAAUGCAUUCAAACAUACCGCAUAGCAAAACGAAUGUUUAAACUUUGAUUAGAUUAGCCAGUAAAAAUAUGAUCCUGCUCAACAAUAUGGCUUUUUUGGGGAAAGGCAAUAGCUUUUUAUUCUAUGAGAAAGGCUCUCAACCUUAAAGAAGGAUACUGGGGCUUGUACAGAAAAAUUGAAAUCAUUCAGUGUUUUUGUUUUUAUUUUACUGCUAUGUAAAUAUUUCAGUAAUAUUAACUAGACCCUUUAAGGCAAAAACAAGGGGAGAUUUUAUUAAGAUAAGUAAACUGUUCUAAUUGAAAUGGUUUAUUUUCUGCCUCAUGUAUUUAGGUUCCAAAUUUUUGGCUAAAAAAUUCGCUGUAAAAUAAUGCCAACCAAUGUAAUGCUGCAAUAAAUUAUUUUGUAUACAGUUUUCCUUUGGGGUUUGACUUCUUUAUGUCAGUUUCAUAAUCAAAGAGCAUUAUUCGUUUUGUACAAUGUUCAUCUUAUGCAGAGGUGGUAAAAACUUAGUUUUAAAUCUUUUUAAGUGGUGGAGAGUCAUUCUCACCUAGGCAUCAAAUAUACUUAAGUUUCCAGACUUCAAACAGUAUGCUCUGUGUUUUGCAAAUUGUG